AUUUCGAAGAUGAUUAGAGGGGCCACAACAUGUUUCACCAAUGGGCCACAAGGGUUACAAAUCUAUGGUGUGAAAGAAGACUUGGUUUCUUCCUCCAUAGAACCAAGCUCUGUCUCAAACAUUAACUCAGACUCGCUCCUUUACAAUCUCUCAGUUCUCAAAGACAAAGUUCAUCAUGUUCAAUCACUUGUUAGUCUGUUUAUCUCCCCCAAUCAAAGUCAACCGCCAGAAUCAACGGACAUGGCCAUGGCCAGCAUGGGGACUGUUUUACAAGAAAUCAUAGUAACUACUUCUUCCAUGAUGUUCACUUGCCAACAGAUGGCUCUUGGCGCAACAACCAGCAACGCCACCACCCAUGAAUUGCAGCACCACCGAGUUAAGGUUAAUGAUGGCAUGUUAAACCAACCCAACUGUGGUGGCGAUCGGGUUGUUCAUGUCCUGGAAGACUCAGAAGAAAGAGGACAAGAGUUCUAUUCGGGCGAGACAACAAUGCUUGAUUGGUAUGGCGAAAACAACUACAAAACUUGCAACACAAAUGAUCAUAAUAUCAACCGGAGUACUAAUAUUACCGGAAGAAACAACAUUGAAGUGGAGAGAAGAGAAUUGGCUGAAAGGAGAGAGAAUAGUGAUGAGUUACAAGGAAUUUCUCUGAAGAACUACGAUAUUAUUGAAGUGAAUGCUUCUGAUUUAUUGGCUAAGUACACACAUUAUUGCCAAGUUUGUGGAAAAGGGUUCAAGAGGGACGCUAAUCUGAGGAUGCACAUGAGAGCUCAUGGCGAUGAGUACAAGUCCAAUGCAGCAUUGAGCAAGCCCACGAUGAACAACGUAAAUGGAAGUGGAAUUGCAGAUAAUCUCACAAAACUACAGAAAAAAUAUUCGUGUCCACAAGAAGGUUGCAGGUGGAACCGAAAGCACGCCAAGUUUCAUCCAUUAAAAUCGAUGAUUUGCGUGAAGAAUCAUUACAGGAGGAGCCAUUGCCCGAAGAUGUAUGUGUGCAAGCGGUGCAAUCAGAAACAAUUCUCUGUGCUGUCUGAUUUGAAGACACAUGAGAAGCACUGUGGUGAUAUCAAAUGGCAGUGUUCAUGUGGAACAACAUUUUCUAGGAAAGAUAAGCUUAUGGGUCAUGUUGCUUUGUUCGUAGGGCACACCCCAGCAGUUAGUUCCAUAGCUAAAAUGGGAAAAUUUGAUUAA